UCAGACCUAGAUCCUUCCAGUUAAUCACACAACAAACUUAGCUCAUCGCAAUAAAAAGCAGCUCGGAGCCGAGCCGGCUCUUUUGGGCACUGACUGCGAACAGGAUUCUCUCAGCCAGGCAGCUCCUGCAGUGGGAUCCGCCGGCCCGGCCAGCAGCACCAUGUGGGUGUCCAAACUUGUGCCAGUCCUGCUGCUGCAGCAGGUCCUGCUGCAUCUCCUGCUGCUGCCCAUCGCCAUCCCCUACGCAGAGGGACAGAAGAAGAGAAGAAAUACACUUCAUGAAUUUAAAAAGUCAGCAAAGACGAUUCUUAUCAAAGAAGACCCAUUACUGAAGAUAAAAACUAAAAAAAUGAACACAGCAGACCAAUGUGCCAACAGAUGUAUUAGGAAUAAAGGACUUCCAUUCACUUGCAAGGCCUUUGUUUUUGAUAAAACAAAAAAACGAUGCCUCUGGUUUCCUUUCAAUAGCAUGUCCAGUGGAGUGAAAAAAGAGUUUGGUCAUGAAUUUGACCUCUAUGAAAACAAAGACUACAUUAGGAACUGCAUCAUUGGUAAAGGAGGCAGCUAUAAGGGAACAGUGUCUAUUACUAAGAGUGGCAUCAAGUGUCAGCCCUGGAAUUCCAUGAUACCACAUGAACACAGCUUUUUGCCUUCGAGCUAUCGCGGUAAAGACCUACAGGAAAACUACUGUCGAAAUCCUCGUGGGGAAGAAGGGGGACCGUGGUGUUUCACAAGCAAUCCAGAGGUACGCUACGAAGUCUGUGACAUUCCUCAAUGUUCAGAAGUUGAAUGUAUGACCUGCAAUGGGGAAAGUUAUCGAGGCCCCAUGGAUCACACAGAAUCAGGCAAGAUUUGUCAGCGCUGGGACCAUCAGACACCACACCGGCACAAAUUCUUGCCCGAAAGAUAUCCCGACAAGGGCUUUGAUGAUAAUUAUUGCCGCAAUCCUGAUGGCAAGCCGAGGCCAUGGUGCUAUACUCUUGACCCUGACACCCCCUGGGAGUACUGUGCAAUUAAAAUGUGUGCUCACAGUAUUAUGAAUGACACUGAUGUCCCUAUGGAAACAACGGAAUGCAUUCAAGGUCAAGGAGAAGGUUACAGGGGAACCAUCAAUACCAUUUGGAAUGGAAUUCCUUGUCAGCGUUGGGAUUCCCAGUAUCCUCACCAGCAUGACAUAACCCCCGAAAAUUUCAAGUGCAAGGACCUACGAGAAAAUUAUUGCCGAAAUCCAGAUGGGGCUGAGUCACCCUGGUGUUUCACCACUGACCCAAACAUCCGAGUUGGCUACUGCUCCCAAAUUCCAAAAUGUGACGUGUCAAGUGGACAAGAUUGCUAUCGUGGGAAUGGCAAGAAUUAUAUGGGCAAUUUAUCCAAAACAAGAUCUGGACUGACGUGUUCAAUGUGGGACAAGAACAUGGAAGACUUGCAUCGCCACACCUUCUGGGAACCAGAUGCUAGUAAGCUGAACAAGAAUUACUGCCGGAAUCCCGACGAUGAUGCCCACGGACCCUGGUGUUACACAGGGAAUCCUCUUGUGCCUUGGGAUUAUUGUCCUCUUGCUCGUUGUGAAGGUGAUACUACCCCCACAAUAGUGAAUUUAGACCAUCCUGUAGUAUCUUGUGCCAAAACAAAGCAAUUGCGAGUUGUCAAUGGGAUUCCAACACGAACAAAUGUGGGAUGGAUGGUUAGUUUGAAAUACAGAAAUAAACAUAUCUGCGGAGGAUCAUUGAUAAAGGAAAGCUGGGUUCUUACAGCAAGACAAUGUUUCCCUUCUCGAAAUAAAGACUUAAAGGAUUACGAAGCGUGGCUGGGGAUUCACGAUGUCCAUGGAAGAGGCGAUGAGAAGCGCAAGCAGGUGCUGAACGUCUCGCAGCUGGUGUACGGGCCCGAAGGGUCUGAUCUGGUUUUACUGAAGCUUGCGAGACCCGCUGUCCUGGAUGAUUUUGUUAGCACGAUCGACUUACCAAAUUAUGGAUGCAUCAUUCCUGAAAAGACUGCUUGCAGUGUUUAUGGCUGGGGCUACACCGGAUUGAUCAACUCUGACGGUCUAUUACGAGUUGCACAUCUCUAUAUUAUGGGGAAUGAGAAAUGCAGUCAGCACCAUCAAGGAAAAGUGACUCUGAAGGAAUCUGAAAUAUGUGCUGGGGCAGAGAAGAUUGGAUCAGGACCUUGUGAGGGGGAUUAUGGUGGCCCACUUGUUUGUGAACAACAUAAAAUGAGAAUGGUGCUUGGAGUCAUCGUUCCUGGUCGUGGAUGUGCCAUUCCAAAUCGUCCUGGUAUCUUCGUCCGAGUGGCAUAUUAUGCAAAGUGGAUACACAAAAUUAUAUUAACGUAUAAGGUGCCACAGCCAUAACUGAAGUAAGCAAGCCUGAAGCGUCCAUCGAUACAGCUUUCUUUCACAUGAGGAUGUCAGAGUACGUGGAAUUAAAGUGUCACUCACAACAACCCUGAGACAACUACUUGAGUGUCAUGUUUGUUGAGAUACUCAUUAAUAUAUAUGGGUGUUUUUGUUGUUUUGUUUGUCAGUGUUAUUUUGUAAAUGUUGAAGUGAGUUAAGGUACAUGCAGUAACAUAUCUCCUGAAGAUACUUGAAUGGAAUAAAAAAGCAAAGGUAUAAUUUUUGGAUGGUAAAAGAUUUAAUGGAAAAGAUCAAUCAAUCUCUCUAUGCUGCUUUCCAAGGUUAGUUUCUUAAUAAUGAAUACCUGAAAGUUACAGAUUAUUUUAACCUCACCAAAACCAUCAAUACCUUGUGUCCUUAAAUUUUAACUCAAUGUUAAAUUACCUUUCAUAUGCCAUCUGUUAUAGUUCAUUUAUUUCUCCCCAUCACAUAUACUGCAAUUCUGAUAUACAGGCACAUGUUUCCAAGAACACAUAUGCAAGUACCCAUGUGCACACACUACAAACAAAUCAUGGUUUAUCUUAUGUAAUCUCAAAAUAUUCUGGAUUUUUUUUUAGAUUUUUUUUUUUUUUAGAAAAAAAAAAAAAACAUUUCCAAAGACCAGUAGAAAUGUUAAGGAAAGGUGUCAGGUAUAAGUGACGAUUUCGUUAUCUGGAUCUAACCUGCACUUGAUCUUGAUCCCCCGCCCCCCAGCCCCAGUUGACAUUUAAAGUGUUACAGAGUGGCCCUGAAUCUAGUUGUCUGAGUAUCUGCUAUACCAAGUAUUUUAUACAGUCUCUUCUUAAAAUAUUUGUAUCUGUAAUAUUUCUUUCCUCCAGAUUUAGGGCCAAUUUUUUAUGCAAAGUAUUUGUAGAUCUGUUUUCCUAAAGCAUUUCUUAAGUUCUUAGACAUGUAUCUAACUGAAGAAGAUUGAAAAUGGGUUGAGUCAUUAAAAAUGUAUUUAAAUAGGUUCAUUCCUUGCUGCUGUUAAUUGGCUUCUAGCUCACUAUCUUUAAAUUUUAAGAAUUAUUUAAGAGGAAAAUUUCUGUGUCUCUACGGUUUUGUAAAUAGCUUUCAUGAAAUCAUGCAUUAAACAAUAUCUUGGAGAAAAAAAUGAGAAUAUUUUUUCAAACUGGUAGUCUUUGAGCCUAAUAGAACUUUAUUCAAGUCAAUGAAAAAAAAUUAAGAGGGAAAGAAUGGAACUAGUUUAUCCAAAUUCUAUUCAAAUUUUUCUUAAAGUUUUAAUCUGCUAAACCAAGUAUUUUUUCAAGAUAUCCCCAUUCCUUAAUCCAUUUUACAUAGCUCUUUCCUGAUGCCAUCGGAGACACUCUUGUAAGCUGUUUUUUUUGUACAAUGACAGCCAUAUUGUCAUAUUCAUUAUUGUAUUUGCUAUGAUGGGCUGAAGAUCAUGUACUUGUGGAGAAAUGGGAUAACAAUGACUUCUAGGAUAGGUCUGAAUUUUCCGAAGAUCUUCCUUUACAGAACAUCUUUAAAAAUCAUAAUUGGAAUGCUGUGCGUCCAGCACUCUAAUUUCUCUGCUUUGAUCCUCUUGAGUGCUCUUUAUCAAGGCCAAGGAUCCAGAUAGCGUCCCAAGAGCAUUCUCUGCUCAAUCUUGAGUAAAGUGUUUUUAAGUUUACUGAAGAGCUGAGUUUACAGAGUAUAGAUAGAGCUUAUACAAAUUGUGCCUUUUUUUUCUUUUGGUGACAAAAUACUCAUAUUAAGAAGCAAGAAAUAGAAGCAAGGGGAUAGCAAAUUUGUUGCCAGUUUACAUCAUUUUAUCUGAUCGUAUUUCUCUUUCCCUUAGAUAAUACACCAUAUUAGUAAAAAUACAGAAAUAUCAAAGGCACAUUGUCAAAACAUUGAAAUAUGCUCAUCUAAAUAUGUUCAUGUUCAUAUAAGUCAUCCUUUUCCUUUCCUCUUGCUGAACUUGGCCAAGUUGUAUUGAUUAAGUCACAUAUAUCAAUUAUAUUUGUAAAACUAUUAUAAAAAUUGCAAUAACCUUAAAUACUCAUAGUUUCAAAUAUUUCUUUGUGUUUUUCUCUAUAUUUCCAUGGAAAGAGAGAUAGGGAUGUCCUAAAUAUAAGGUGCAGCUAACUUUUCAGACCUUUUAAUUCAGUAUUUUCUACUUUUAUUAAUGAGUGAAAAUACCAGUAUCAGUAAAUCACCAAACAUGGUAUACACAGUAAUUUUUUUGGGUUUCCUUUAUAACAGAGGGAACUGGGGGCAAUUGACAACAAAAGCCAGGUGAGCAAGAUGCAGGUUAUGUUAGGUGGUGGCCCAGGGUACACUCAUGUCACUGUUCUCUGGUGCAAGAUACUAAUUAUUGGGUCUUUUCUGGAUAAAGUUCAAAAAAUAAAAAUGUCCAAUUCACCCAAAAAGCUAUUUUAUUUUGUGGCAUCACCAUAAAGGACCCUUUAAAUGAGAAGUUCUCAGUGCUGUGUUUGGUUUCGGCUGUUGAAAUAACGGUUAUAUGCUGUUAUAAUUGUAGACAUUUUCUUAUGUCUACCGAGAAUAGAAAUGUAAAAUUAAAAUAUUUGUCAUACUGCCUCUGCCGUGCAGAAGGGAUGAUAAUCCUUUUGUAUAUUUCCUUAAUUUUAUUGUAAAAUGUGUAAUGACUUUUACCUGUUUGCUGUGGGCAGGUCCUCAGUAAAAGGGUUUACAUUGAGUCCAUCUCUAGUAUUAACAGGCUCUUGCUUGCUACCCAAGUGUUUCAAACUGUGGGACCCGUGAGACACUGGAUGGCAAGGAAAAUAACAGCAAUGGCAUGUGAUAGCAAAACUGUAUUUCAUUUAUUCCUGUGAAUAUUUCUUGUUGGUACCAAUGGUACUGUACAAAGUGAAUGUUAUAGCCACAACAUUCUCUCUAAAAGAACACUGUCAAGAAGUGGGAAAUUGCUGUCAGGCACUUUCUGCUUGUUUCUGAGCGUUGUAUUCUUUAAAAACUCAUGUUCACAAUAUAGAUAUCAAGAGGAAAAUGAUUUUAAUAAACUCUUAUAGUAAAGAGCCUUAAAUUGAUUUACUAAGGUUAGAAAAAAUAAUGACUCUCAAGGGACUACUCAUUUGGAAAGUACAUUUAAUCUGAGUAGAAAUACAGUUUGUUUUUUAAACACAUAGUUUUAAAAAAUUUUCUUUUCAAGAAAAAGUCCAAAAAAGAAGCUAUUUUUUGAUGUUCAAAUGAGUUCAGAACCAAGAAUUUACUAGUACAAAAAAAAAAAAAGAUAAUUCUUUGGACCUUAUAAAUCUUGACAGUGUAACUCUUAAGUAGGUUCAUUUCCAUUUGCACAGACAGUUUCUGUCUUUAGGAAACUGAAAAUGGAAUACUGUGGAUGUUAUGACUGUUUGUUUUGUGUGUAAAUAGGAAAUUGAUAAGCUGCCUAUUGAGUGGUAUAGCUGGAUGCUUACCCAACAAAGAGAACACUGUGGUUAUGACUUGUAUUAUAAAGUUUCUGUAGUUAAUAAAGUUGUUAUUUUUAUA